GAGAUAGGGUUUUAAACAUAUUCAUUCUCUUCAUUCCAAACGUCUUUCAAAGCGACUCCCUUUCUUUCAACCGUACAAAAAGUCGGCGUCGGCGGGACCGGCCGGAAUCCUAAGUACUUAUAACCGGAGAGAGAAGAGAGAGCUCACUUUCUUUUGUUGGAAGACAAGCAAUGGACGUUACUCUUCUCGAUGAUAUCAUCGGUCGACUUCUUAACUCCAAGAAUACCCGGCCCGGAAAGAUAGUUCACUUAACGGAGCAGGAAAUCUGUCAUCUUUGUGUGACCGCAAAACAAGUCUUCCUUAGCCAGCCUAAUCUUCUAGAGCUUGAAGCCCCUAUUAAAAUAUGCGGAGAUAUCCAUGGUCAAUUUCCUGAUCUUCUACGGUUGUUUGAAUAUGGGGGUUUUCCACCAGAAUCAAAUUAUUUGUUUUUGGGGGACUAUGUUGAUCGUGGUAAGCAGAGUAUAGAAACAAUAUGUCUUCUUCUAGCAUACAAGAUCAAAUACAAGGAGAACUUUUUUCUUCUCAGGGGAAACCAUGAGUGUGCUUCUAUUAAUCGUAUAUACGGUUUCUAUGAUGAGUGCAAGAGGAGGUUUAAUCUCCGGAUCUGGAAAACAUUUACCGACUGCUUUAACUGUCUCCCAAUCGCUGCUCUUAUUGAUGAGAAAAUCCUAUGCAUGCAUGGAGGAUUAUCUCCUGGUUUGAAAAGUCUUGAUCAGAUUAGGAAUAUUGCUAGACCUGUUGAUGUCCCUGACCAAGGCUUGGUAUGCGACUUACUUUGGUCUGAUCCGAAUAAAGAGCUUGGAGGAUGGGGAGAGAAUGAUCGUGGUGUGUCAUAUACAUUUGGAGAUGAUAUAGUUUCUGAAUUCCUUGAGAAACUCGAUCUUGAUCUCAUCUGUAGAGCUCAUCAAGUGGUAGAAGAUGGAUAUGAAUUUUUUGCAAAUAGACAACUGGUGACGAUAUUCUCAGCCCCAAAUUAUUGUGGGGAGUUUGAUAAUGCUGGUGCGAUGAUGAGUGUGGAUGAGUCACUUAUUUGUUCGUUUCAGAUUCUGAAAUCAUCGAAUAAGAAGGGUAAUAUAAGCUUCUUAAACAACCAUAUGUUGAGACCUGGUACACCACCCCCUCACAAGGGUGGGAGGGCAGAAGAAUAGAGGAUUUAGGAAAUCUUGAAAAUGUUUUGUGGAGCUACCUUUGUAACAUGUACCUUUGAAAUUCAAUAUGUUCUUUCUUGGUGAUCUUGCAACGAUGGUUUGAUGUGGAGAGGAAUGGCCUACUGCAUGGAACAUAAAGGGCCUCUUUUGCUUUCUUUCCUACUUAUUCAGUUUUUUUUUUUCAAAUUUUUUUAUGCAGAUUAACAACAUUGACUUUUAAUCUGUGUAAAAAUGAAGUCUUUUGUUCCAA